AUGGCUUCAGAUGAUGAUGAGGAGUCUAAUCACGGAGCCGAGUACUACUCUGAUUACGACUCUGUUUCCAUCUCUGAUUCUGUCAUUGCAAACAACGGCAGCGAAGUUUCUAGCGAACCAGACGUCGAUCAGAUAUGCCUGGACGGGCAGAAAUACAGACGUGACCUCUACGACCAUGGUGACGCCCUCAAGGAACACGCGAAGGCUCUCAAGGACCUCCGGACACGAUUCGACAACGUCUUUGGCUUCUUUGAGGAUUAUAAGAAGAAGGGCACUGCAAGUACCACAAUUGACAGUAGCCAAGAGCCUUCUCAGGCAACGACUAGCAAGACGACCGAUGAGCCAUCUGCAGGAACCUCUUCACAGCCAUGCGAAGGUCUCGACACGGACGAGACAAACAUGGCCAACGAUGCAACAGAGGAUACUGAGGAUACUGAGGAUACUGAGGACUCUGAGGACUCUGAGGACUCUGAGGACUCUGAGGACUCUGAGGAUAUUGAGGAUGACAUAGCCAAGAAGAAGGUGAAGGAUUUGAAGGACAAGCUGAACUCUUCAGACGACUUGAGAGUUAAGCUCAGCGAUCUUAUUGAAGGAGCUAAGAAAAUGGAGGUCGUGGGCACUUGUUAUGAUAGAGAAGCCGAGGAAAAGAAAGCCCGAGAAGCCAUGAGUCCGUACCCGCCCCAGGUUCCGACCCCCUUCGGACUCCACCAGCUGGGCCUCGAUGACUUGUCAAACCUCAUCAGUCGCGAAUUGUCUGACCUUUUCGGCCUACCCUGUCCUCCACCUUGGACUGCUGCUUCUUUCGAGCCCAAGCCCAAGCCUAAGCCAACGACGAUAAUUGCGGAGCCCACGAUGACAGUUGCGGAACCUAUGAUGAUAGUUGAGGAAUACCAGGAGGUGAAGCACGGGACCUACUACGGACCUAUCAAUUUGGGAAAGCGAGAGCGAUGGCUAAUGAGAAAGCCCAUGACAAUGAGAAAGGUCGGGGUCAAGGCUCCAAUCCGCUGGCAUAACCUAGCAGCAGACUCAAAGGCCAAACCCAAACACGAAUACGAAUAUAAACCUACGCUCUACUCCCAAACCCCCAUGAAGGUUACCAAGCUGCCUCGAAAGAAGCCCAAUAAACACACCCGCUACCCGCUUCAGACGAAGACCACCGCCGAGAAACGACGCAUCUACAUGCGCAAGCACUGCGGCAUCGAGCCUCGGGCGGACAAGAUCCGCGGCGCCGACGCGCUCUACAUGGCGAUGUUCGUGGACACCAAGACCCGGCGCCUGUUCUUCAAGGACAACACGCUGCACUGCCGGCCGCGCCUGCGGUGCCGCCGCGAGUACUGGAUGGACUCGUGGUUCAUCUGGCGCGGAGAGCCGCGCCAGGCGCACCGCCGCCGGGGCGCCUGGACGCUGAUGUUCUACUUCGGCUCCAAGCACACCCGCAAGCUGCCGCGCGUCCUCUCCGCGGAGUCCAGGAUCCUGGACGAGGAGAUCCGCGACCUCGUUGCCGCGCUGCAGUGGCUUGCGACGGACCCGGAGGUUAUUGCGAUGCAGAGACGGAGGGAGUUGCUCGCUACUCUGCGCGACUUCAAUACGCUUCCUGUAGGAACUUUAAUAAUCGCAACUGCCAUUUAG